GCUUUAAAAGAUCUAUUAUAGCUGUGAGAACGAAUGCCAUCAGUGUUUCUCAAGACGCCGACUAGAGAGUUCCUGCUCGUGAUACUGGGUAAAAGAGAAAGUCGCGCGGGUGCGCAACCUUUUCGUGCAAAGUUUUAUUUAAUUUUGUUGAAAAUACCGACCGAGAGAGAUUUUGAUCCUGGUACCUGGUAGGAAUUUUGUGAUUUCUGCAAGUGAAUAUGGCCACGAUAAAGUUGGUGUCGUUCGAGGACGAGCUGAAGAGAAAUCCCGAGCUGAAGGAGGCGGACGUACAAAUGUUGCGAGAAUGGUGCGAGAAGCAGCCUCAUUUGCCGAAGAUAUCAGAUAGCAUGCUGGCAUUGUUUCUGCACAGCAAUUAUUACCGACUCGAACCGACGAAAGCUAGUAUCGACGUUUUCUACACAGUUAGAAGCCACGUGCCUGAGUUCUUCAGCGACCGAGAUCCUGUGAACAACAAGGAGCUGAAGAAGGCCUGUCAAACGGUGACGAACCAGAUUUUAGAGGGAACCACUCGGGAAGGCUAUAAAAUUAUUUACGGAAAACUGCUAGACAACGAUCCGUCACAAUUUGUUUACAACGACGCCAUGAAAUUGUUCAAUAUGGUGAUCGACCUGUGGCUCUACACAGAAGGCACAUGCGACGGCCAUGUGAUCAUAUUCGACAUGAAUAACGUUUCUUUCGGUCACGUGGGUCGUUUGAGUCCCAUGGGCUUGAAGAAGUUUCUCUAUUAUUUACAAGAAGGACUGCCCGUCCGACUUCGUGGCUUUCACUUUAUGAACGCUUCCCCGGUAAUAGAUGUUAUCCUGAACAUGAUGAAACCCUUCAUGAAAAAGCAGCUGAUGGAUAUGUUCCAUAUGCACACCACAAGCGAAUCUCUGCAAAAAUUCAUACCGCUCGAAGUCCUCCCGAACGAAGCGGGUGGCAAAGCCGGGCCUAUACACGAAUUACACGACAAAAAUAUGGAAAAACUGAUAGAUCAUGUCCCAUGGUUCAAAGAGGAAGAGGCCAAUUGUCGCGUCAAUGAGUCUUUGCGACCCGGCAAGGCAAAGACGGCGACGGAUCUGUUCGGUGUUGAAGGGAGCUUCAAGAAGCUCGAAAUCGACUAAGAUCAAGCAAUUGGAUCUUUGAAACUUGCGCCUACGAAAUUUGCAUCAUUACAACGAUAAUUGCAAUUCUGUCUUGAAAGAUCGAUACAACGUCUAGUAGAUGGACUAUAAAUAUAUAUAUAUAUACAUAUUUCACUGAUCUUAUCCCGUAUCGUUUGACAAUAAUAAAUAUUCAUUAAAUCUUAGGAGAAUGAAGCAUAGUAAGCAUAGCUAUUAUCGAUUGUCUUAUUUUCGAUUAGUAGGCACAUUAUUAUCUUUGUAGACAUUUGUCUACAUUUGUAGACAAAUGAAGAACUUAUAUACUAUAUUAAUGUAUCGUUACACUUUUACGCGGAAAUUGGGUUUCUUUCUUUUUUCUUGUUUCACAUUGCUUACGUUCCACGUACGAAUAAUAAGAUGUAUUCUUUUACAGUGAUCGAAUGUUGCUCUGUAUUCCGGUGAAAUAAGUUGGAAUAACAUUAACUCUUUGUGUGUGUGA